AAUCGCCCUGUGCGACCCAAAACGGCGCCGGGGGCUACGGACCGCCGAGACGGGCACUGCCGUGGUCCCCGAGCACCACAUGCUGCCCGAGAAGGAAGUCUUGCGCCCCAAAACGUACAUCCCGCUGCCACCCUUUCCCCAGCAUAGGACCCUGCUGUCCACCCCCACGGCAAGAGGAUGCAGAAACGGGGCAUCCCCCCGCCCCCCCCCCCCCCCCCCCGGGACAUCCUCCACGGAGCCACCAUGGAUCUGGUCCUGGACGCCGCUGACCGGCACCUCCUCACACCCUACGUGUACCCCGCCGGCUGGCCUGAAGGUGAGCCCUGCCGCCAGCUCCUCAGCCUCUUCGUCAUCACCAACCUGGGGGCGCUCACCCUCUACCUGCUCUUCGGCACCCUCAGCUACUACUUCAUCUUUGACCACGAACUCAAGAAGCAUCCUCAGUUCCUAGAGAAUCAGGUGCGCCGGGAGAUCACCUACGCAUUGCGCUCCCUCCCCUGGAUCAGCGUGCCCACCGUCGCCCUGUUCUUCGCCGAGGUGCGGGGCUACAGCAAGCUCUAUGACAACAUCGAGGACUCCCCAUACGGCUGGUCAGGCGUCUUCCUCAGCAUGCUCUCCUUCCUCUUCUUCACUGACAUGGGCAUCUACUGGAUACACCGCGGUCUCCACCACAAACUGUUCUAUAAGCGCUUCCACAAGCCCCACCACCUCUGGAAAAUCGCGACACCCUUCGCCAGCCAUGCCUUCCACCCCGUCGACGGCUUCAUGCAGAGCCUGCCCUACCACAUCUACCCCUUCCUCUUUCCCCUGCACAAAAUCACCUACUUGGGCCUCUACAUCUUUGUCAACGUCUGGACCAUCUCCAUUCAUGAUGGCGACUACCGCGUCCCCCGCUUCCUGCAACACAUCAUCAACGGAUCGGCCCACCAUACUGACCACCACUUGUACUUCGACUACAACUACGGGCAAUACUUCACCCUCUGGGACAAGAUUGGCGGCUCCUACAAGAGCCCCACAGCCUUCGAGGGCAAAGGACCCCACGACUACUUGCGCAAGCUCCGAGAGAAAGGCCUGGGGGCACCCAACGGCUCCCCGGCUGCCAAGACUGAGUAGAAUUCCCCCUGGCCCGGCCCCUCGCUGGGACGAGAUUCCCCAGACGGAUCUCGUCCCAUUCCUCCCUGGCCUCUCAAGACUAUUUUCCUACAGGCAAAGAGCCCCCAUCCCCCGAUGGCGCGCCCAGUGCAGGGCAGUUUUUGGCAAGUGCUCCGGCCCACCCCUGCUCCUGAAACAGCGGUGUCCAGCCUCGCCGGUGAGUUACAGCCUUGCUCUACAGCACAGACCUGCCCUGGUCACCCCCUAUUGUUCCCCCUCCCAGCUGACUUUGGAUCUCUGCUAAGGUCCCUGCGCUGCUUAAUACUGUGCUGCUGCUUUACAAAAAGAACAAUAACAUGGCACAAACAGAAUGAUAAUGUGGCGCAAGUAGAACAAUAACAUGGCUCGUGGCAGGGUUUCCAUCCAUCUGUGCUGAGCACCGUCGUCACCGAUUUGCUGUUGCCAAGUCCAUUGGGAUAAGUCAAGUCAACAGGCUGACAAUGCUGUUUUUUUCUAAGCUGUAUUUAAUGAAAAAAGCCGCAAAUGCCUACCUUUUGGAGACAGCGUGGGCCCCCCGCAGUGGCUCCUCGGCAUGGCAAGGGCUCAGCCUCGAGACGUGGUGGCCUCCUCACUGCUCGACGUGCUGUCCUCCUUCCUCUUGCCUGGGGAUGUCCGGCAAGGCGCUGGUGGGAUGCGUCCUGGAAACAGCAUGCCUGUAAAACAAAGAUGCACCCUGAGUCCCAUGGGUGCCUCAAGCUCCCUGAGAACAUUAUGAGGAGGGGGGGGGACCAGGGUGGAGGAGCGGGCACUCGCGGGUUCGUGGCCAGUUUUCCCCCUUAACAUCUGGUGUGUUUCCUGCUGAAACCCAGUCGCUCUGCCUUUGGGUCUGACCCGCACUCAAUAAAUCUCACUUACCAACUUG